AAAAUUUCAUUUGGGAGUUAACUUUUUUCAAACAAUAUCCACAUCAGUAACACUCAAACAAAAUGGCUCCACGAUUAAAAAUAUUGUCAAAUGUCGUUGAGCAUUUGGCCAAAUUAAAUGCAGCUGUUACUGGUCAUUUAUAUGGAGUCAUGUACGAAGAAACAUUGACUGUUUUGACUUUCAGCAUCAAUCCAGUUGACGAUGAUGACAAUAAAAUUAUACCAAUUGAUCUUCAACUUUGCAUGCCAGCAGAAGUUGAUUUGUUUGGGAUUUUAUACGUUGACCAAUACAAACAAGACAUUCCUGAUGCAUUCAAGGAUAUUGAUGUCACUGACAAUCCUUUGCUUAUAAAAUAUUCUCUUGAUGCCGCUGAUAUUCUUGCAUUUUACUACAUCCACGAAAAAUUGGAAGCCAUGAAGUAUGAAAUCAUUAGUGAAGAAGAUUUAUGGAAAAGUUUUUGCUACAUAAGGCUGCAAGCAAGUCUUCCCUUUAUUUCUGAAAAAGUUUCAGUUCUUGACAAUCUAACAGAAACCAGGAAAAAGCUGGCCACUGGAAAAGUUUCAUUUCACUUCCUUCAAAGUAACAUUUACCUACUGGGAAGUGACAGUAAUAAUGACGUGGAAAAAAAAUCUGUGAAAGAUUUAUUUCAAGCUUCUAACUUGCCUGACUCAAAAAUCAAUAAGACCAAAAAUCCGUCUUGUGUAACUGAUGCCAUAGAAGCUGGUAUGUUUCUAAAAAUGUCAGACGACGCAAAUCAUGAAGAAAAAAUUAAAUUUGCUCCAGUUGUACAACACAUAAAACGGCCAGUAGAGUAUUACCAAUUUAAUUUGAAAAUUGAUACACUGUCCUUGGUUGGUUACAAUAUAACAAUGGCACAAUUAUAUGAAAUUCUUGUGGAAUCUAUUUGUCGAAAUUUGCGACUCAUUGGUUCAUCAUUCGAAAGUCAACUAGGAAUGGAAGACUUACAGUUACGACUUCCUGAACCGAUGCAUUUCCAGCCAUCAGAUUUUGGACAUAUGCUGACAUUAGUAUAUCCUGUUGGGAUGUCGACUUUGGAGACUUAUGAGUAUCGCAAAAGCUUGCAUCGUCGAUUGGCCUUGGAUAUGAAUAGGCCUUAUUUUAGAAAAGGGAACGCUGUAAAAUUCACAAGUGAUUAUGAAAAAUACGAAUACUUGAUAAAUCCUCAUGAAGCUGUCACUAAUCCCGGAAAUCAUGAUAUCAGUAUUGUUAAAGGCUCAUAUGCUUAUCACCAUUACAUGCAAGAUAGAUUUGAUGACAACGGUUGGGGGUGUGCAUACAGAUCACUUCAGACUAUUGUUUCUUGGUUUAGGCUUCAAGGGUACACAGAUAAAACAAUACCUUCUCACAAAGAAAUUCAAAAGUGUUUGGUAGACAUUGGUGACAAAUCAUCAAAUUUUGUAAACAGUAGACAAUGGAUUGGAUCAACUGAAGUAGGCUUUGUUCUUGAGUCGCUUUUUGAUAUUCCAGUCAAAAUAUUGUGUGCAUCUAGUGGAGAUGAAAUGCCUAUGCUGGUUUCUGAUUUAGCACAUCAUUUUAAGACUCAAGGAACACCCGUAAUGAUUGGUGGUGGUGUUUUAGCUCAUACGAUCCUCGGUGUAUCUCAUGACGAGUUUCACGAAAAUGUGCAAUUUUUAAUUUUGGAUCCACAUUACACUGGACCUGAACACUUGGCCACUAUUGUAAGCAAAGGUUGGUGUGGAUGGAAGAAAAAAGAAUUUUGGAAAAAAGAUGCAUUUUACAAUAUGUGCCUUCCUCAGAAACCCAAAUGCAUUUGAUUGGUGAAAUAAUCAAAAUGAACGAAUUUAUACUGUAAAUAAUUUUGUACCAUUUGUGAUGUUUUUUUGAUU